AAUGGAUAAAAAUGGAGGAGAAAGUAGUAAUCAACAACAAAAUAAUCAUCAAAAUUCAAGCCAAAGAAAAACUCGAUUUUUAAGAGGCAAGAAGACUGCAGCAAGUCAUCAACUUCCACUUAAAGCUAAAGUUGUUAUGUUGGGAAAUAUGGGCGUCGGGAAAACCUCAAUUUUACUUCGUCAUGAUGGCCAAGGAUUUACUAGCAAAUUAAGUUCUACUCAAGGAGCCUUUUUUAUUUGUUCACGCCCAAAAAUAAAUGAUGGAAGAGAAUUUGAAUUACAAGUAUGGGACACUGCCGGGCAGGAAAGAUUUCGUUCAAUGGUUCCCCUUUAUUUACGUAAUACAGCUGCAGCACUUGUUGUCUUUGAUAUAACAGAUCGUCAAUCUUUUAGAGAAUUGGGUUUUUGGAUUAAAGUUUUGGAGCAUAAUUCAGAAUAUAGAAAUAUUUUAUUAUUUAUUAUUGGAAAUAAAAGUGAUUUAAAUGGAGAAAGAAAGGUUAGUGUACAAGAAGCUGUUAAAUUUGCUGAGGAACAAAAUGCUAAAUAUUUUGAAACUUCUGCUUUGAAUGGUCGAGGAAUUGAAACAGCAAUGCAAGCAAUUGCCGAAAGUAUUUUAAUUGAGUCAGAAAAUCGUUCUUCUUCUUCCAAUUAUUUUGGUUCUUCAUUUAAUUUAUUACCUUCAGAAAAUGGAGAAGAUAAUGAAGAAGAAAUAAAUAAAAAUAAUAAAAUUAUUAAACAACAAAAGAAACAAAAAAAUUCUUCUUUUAAUUUAAUUAGUUGUUGUAGUAUUUUAUGAGGGGAAAUGAAGGGAGGGAAAGAGGGGAGGAAAAUUUAUUCAAAUUGAGCGUAUCGUUCUUUCAAAUUUUAAUUUUUUUUUGCAAUUUAUUUGUGCCUUUUAUUUUUUUAAUUUAUUAAAAAUAAUUUU